GAAAUACAUACGACAGAUCAAUUAUAGUUGACGGAGAAGAAGCAUCUCUCGUGGUGUUUGAUAUAUGGGAGCAGGAUGACAGCCAAUGGCUUCAGAACCACUGUAUGAAAAUGGGAGAUGCCUAUAUUAUUGUAUAUUCGGUGACAGACAAAGUUAGUUUUGAAAAGGCCUCUGAGCUAAGAAUCCAGCUAAGAAGAGCAAGGCAAACAGAAGACAUUCCUAUUAUUCUUGUGGGCAAUAAAAGUGACCUCGUCAGGUCCCGGGAAGUCUCUGUUGAUGAGGGACGGGCCUGUGCUGUUGUGUUUGACUGCAAAUUCAUUGAGACCUCAGCUGCUCUUCAUCAUAAUGUUAAGGACCUGUUUGAAGGUAUUGUUCGGCAAAUUAGACUUCGCAAAGACAGUAAAGAAGACAACGCUAGGAGAAUGGCCAACACAAAAAGAAGAGAAAGCAUAGGCAAAAAAGCAAAACGAUUCCUUGGGAGAAUUGUGGCAAAGAACAACAAGAAGAUGGCUUUCAAAGCAAAAUCAAAGUCUUGCCAUGACUUAUCUGUGCUUUAGAAGCUUUCAGUAAGGCCAGAUGUUGCACGUGGGUGAUGAACAAGCAUUUGACUGUUAUGAGAAGUGUAUGGAUGAUCCUCAUGGUGAUAACAAGAAUGACUUAUCAAUUGAGACUCUCGUUAAUGCCUUAAGGUGCAUAAGCAAGUCCAGAAGUUACACUACAAUGUCUGCUUCACUGAUAAGUGGUUUAAGUUUCGAUGUGUGGAAGUAAAUGAACUAACUUUAAAUAAGUGGCUUGACAUGCCCACAUUUUCACUGUGUACAUAUGUUAUAUAUCCUCUUGUCCUGUGGAUACCAGAGAUGCAAAGAUAAGAAAGGAUGAUAAGUAUCACCAUAGACUUGUCUUGUUUGCAGAGCAAAACUUAAACUUGUACGCAGGCUCGUACACUCUUUUUGGUAUAAAGCAAGCAAUGAUAAAUCUUUUUAAACUUAAAGCGGGGGGGAGUAGAACCACAUUAGAAUGGGGAAAAAACGAAUUAUAUAUAUAUAUAGUUAAAUACAGAACAGAUACCAUUUUAUGAAGUUAAUUUGCACUUCCAUUAACUGUUAUUCAAUUAAUUUGUUACUUGUUUACAUGCAGAUUUUAUAAUAAAGUAUUAUUUCCUGUUAUAAUAAA